GAGUUUAUAGAACACAGCAUCUGUCCGGCAGGUAACACACUAGGUAUUGAGAUGCUUCCCCACACGGGCACCAAAUCACGGAGUACCUCCUCAAUUGCGGAGAGUGAUCCAGGAAGUGGUGUGGUAGGAGAGCCAGAGACUGCCAAGUCUGUUAACAUUCAGGGUAAGACUCUGAUGGAGAUAGCCCGAUUAGCAGUCCAACCCGGAGUAACAGUGGACACGUCCCACAUCAGUGACAUUGCCCUAGAACCCACGGACACCUCCUUCCACAUCACUCCGUGCAAUCCGCUGGUAGAUGAUUUCAACCCGUAUAGAGCAAUCAGCCUCGAAGAAGCCGCCAAAACGCAAAAGACAGUCGCACAAAAAUCCCUACCUCUCAUUAAAAAAAACUUAGCCAUACUAACUGAACAAUGGUCCCCGUCUGGAUCGACCCAAAGUCUACCCUGCACCGCGGAAUGCUCUAUGGAACCGGCUAUCAACGCUCUAUCAAUCAGACCCCCUUCUGCAGCACUCCGGUCAGAGACCAGCAGCCGCAGGACCAGCGAGGCUUCGAGCGUCUUCGAGUUCCAGACAGGUUUGGGUUUGCCAGAGGAUACUCCCUCCUAUCGAUAGACCUAGGAGACGAUACCGACAACUCCCGGCUCACUAAACCUAGAUCUGCUCAUUCCUCUGGCUACACUUCCCCCGCCACCAGCAACACCUCCAGCCCCAUUCUCCAGAGGAGACUUCUUGGUGAGACCAGGACCAGGUCUAAUGGGGAGAUGACCAACACUGCUCCUCGCAGCUCCUCUGAAGACAUUGCUUUCAUCAGUAAGAUAGUGAACAAUGUGUUGGAUGGUGUGGGUAUACCCUGGUACCAGAACAAACGUUUAGCAACUGUCAUGCAGGACGAGAACAUCAGGUUGUUGGUAGCUAAUAGGAUACUCAGUGGUACGACUACUAAGAGACAACAUCGUGACGUCAUACAGCACGAGCAAAUAUCACCGGAUGUGUUCAAAGGUUUGGCAUCGCUGUUAAAACACGCAGUAAAGGGUAUAGAUCAGGUGGGAGAUGGAGCUAACACUUCUGGAAUAGGCUCUAUCUUUACCCUUCUUGAGGUGGCUUACACCCGCCAUAUGGGCGCUUAUGUUGAAAUAAACAAGACAACCGACCAGAAGAAAAAGAAAACAUCGUCAGUUUCAAGCACCUCAGAGUCACCAGCAGUGAACGAGAUAAAGCAGAUACUAAACGGGUGUGAAGAUCUCAACAACCGGCCUGUGUCCUCACAGGCUGCAGCCUCUACUUCCUCAGAGAAGCUAGGCUCACCGCGUGACCCAGACUGGUCCCCACCCUCUCCAGCAACCCUCACCACUCCCCAACCUACCCUGACGCCCUCAGUGUGUCCUCCUACACCGGACACGGAGACAGAGGCCACUCAGUUCCAAUAUCCCAGUACUGAUAAGCAAACUACUCUUCAACGGAGUCCCAACCCUCCUGGAACACCCGAGUCAGGAUCACCCCCGACAGAAGAGUCGAGUUCAAUAAUGAACUUAGCAACAUCUCUGCUGGCAUCUGGCACCAUGCCGCCUGAUACUGACAUACAUCGGAAGUAUCUGUACGAAGAAAUUUUGGGCAAAGUUCGGUCGAGUGUGUGGGAGAAGGAGGACACGUGGGAGGGCAUGUUUUACGAUGCUGUACACACGGAACGGGAAAUACUCGGCAUGAACCGAUAUCCUCACGAAAUGCAAGACAGAUACACGAAGCACUCCAAACGAGGAAGACAGCGAAUAGAGACGGAUGAAGACGAGCUAUUGUAUGGGUGUAUAAAGAACAUAGUGGGGUUCAUGGUGGCCCUGGAGGUGGAAACUAAAACUAUCAUGAAGUUAAUCUCCAGAUUGGAAGGUAAAACUCACAUCGGCCUAAAGUUCAACCCUCGUUUACGACUAAUCAAGGAACAUUUACCGCACCUAACCAAGAACCAGCUGACCCUGAAACCGCUGCGGUCCCAGCUACCGCGCACUUCUUAUCUAGUUCACCAGGGGACCACUCUCUCCGGCGAGACUCUUCUUCUCGAGAUAUCAGCGGAAGCGAUUUUUAUCCGAUCUCCGAGCAACAUGACGAUAAAAGACCGGUAUUUCCUGGAGGACGUGAGACGAGUCUCCUUCAGUAAGAAGUACAAGAUAAUGUCCCUGUGGGUUCUGACGGGUGCCCAGCAGUCUCCUGUCACUCAGAUACAGUUCUGUAGUCAAAAGAGCGCAGAAGCCUACAACAAGAUCAAAGAAAGUUUCAAGAGGAUAAAGAAGACUGAUUCCACUGUUUCGAAAAAGGACUCGUCAGCUGAGUUUGAAGUACAAGUAUUCAAUAAUACUGAGGUUACAGUCUACCUUGAGAUUACGCAAGAUUAUGUCAAACUCAAAUUCCCGACUGAGACGAAUCUGAUCCCGGUUAGUCAGAUAUUCCGAGUAACACGAAAUAAAGACUCUAUCUCUCUGGAUGCUCUAGUAGCUAAUGGACAGGUGAAGCCGUACGUUUUCAAGACGAGUCAAGGGUCCUCAAUCUGUGACAGAAUCCUAACCUCCUUUGAGCGGAUGUCGCUGCAUAAACCUAAGAAACACCUUCGACCUGGCUCACGUGACAGCUCAGUUACGUCUGAUGAGGAGAGCAGUAUUUGUCUCUCCAGCCCUGAGUAUCAGUUCAUGUCUAGUGACGACGAGGAAGGAAUUUGAGCAAUACCUAUGACGUCAUCAACCGAACUAUGACGUCACUAAACAUGAUAUAAACUACGAGCUGGUUCUCUGAUACGUCAUUACAAACUGAUAACAUUUUUGUGCCCGUAUUUGUAGACUUAAGUUACUUCUUAGGGGUACUCUCCCCCAACCCCCUACUUAGCGGUUUGUUUUCAAAACACUGGGCUCAGAAAGGGGUCCGGGACUCUACGGCCUUAGACUUGACGGUGGGAAAUUUGACGGUGCAAAAACUAGGGUUAGGUUUAGGUUGAGAUAAAAUUCUCAUUCCCAAACCCUAACCCUAACUCUAACUUUAAACCCUAACCAUAUCAUAACCAAAAUGCUAACCCAUAAACCUCAACCCUAACCCUAACUUUUUUGUGCCAAAAAAUCUGCCGCUGUAGAGUCUCGCACCGUAGAGUCCGGACUCCUUACAAAGCCUAGAUAAGGAGGACUGUUUUUGAUUGUUUCGUUAGAAGUUGAAGUGCAGUUUAUGAGUUUGGAAUUGAAGACCAUGAUGUUUCAUUUUGCUGAAAAUGUAUAUGUGAAUGAUUAGGUUUGUUUACCUUUGUGGUUGUUUAUGUUUGUGGUUAUAAAUUAGUUGUUUGGAGGAAUGAACUUUGUUAGUGUAGUACUUAGGACGUAUGGAUGAAGUGCAAUUUGUCCGUUAGAAUGAAGCCCAAAUAACCGCUGAUAUAAGGUUGUGGUAGAUUUAACCAUAUUAGUUUGGGUUAGUAUGGAACGAUAUUCGGGAACUACGAGAGUUUAUUGAGUGGUUUUAUUGAGGAUUGUGCUUUUGAAAUGUGAGAGUUUCAAUAUUUGUUUCGUUUCGAUUCGAUUAAAAUUGGUUAAUGAAUUUUAGUCUAUUGUAUCUGACAAAAAUAUGGUUUUACGUUCAAUUAAUUAAUGAAUCAAAUAUUUAAUGAAUUAGUUGGCUUACCGUAAGCGACAUUUGAAUGCCCGGCGAAACAUUGAUAUGACAGAAUUAUCAAAAGUCCCCCAAUUAGGUAGGUUACCCCAUUAAAAUACUGAGAAAGGCAUUUCAAUUUAAUAAUUUCUUGACUUGGAUUUAGAACGUGUCAUUAUCUUAAUAUUUCGUUUACAAUCUUGUUUUUACCUUUGCUUUGAAUUGACUCAUAUUUAAAAUUUUAUGAUGUAUUUUUCUGACGAAGGUUAAAAUCUGAUUGAUUUCUGAGUUAGUAUUUACUUAUUUAAAACAAUAAAAUUAAUAAUAAUAAUAAUUUGAUAUUUGAUAAAGAUGUAUCUAAAAGUUUGCCUAUAUCUUGACAUAACUAAUCUCACGCUCUAUCGAAUAAGAGGGACAUAUUUCUGCAAAUUUCCCGAAAUGAAACUUAAAAUGACCGCCCCAUGUAUACUUGUAAGGAACUCAUAUUAUGUAAUUAGAUUCACUUUUCACAUUUCGAAUUUGUGUUUAAUAAAGACUUUAUAUAGUCUACCUCUGUGCUUAAGAUUAUAUUGUAUUGAUUGAAAUUUCUAUUUGUUAUUGUUAAGGUAUUUUAGCAGUACAAAAC